AUGACAGAGCAAAGAGCUGCUCUGGAUAAGUGGAUGGAUGAUAACCUUAGGAUGAAGUGCUAUGUUCUGGCUUCCAUGUUAAAGGAGUUGCAGAGCCAGCAUGAGUACAUGCCCACUACCCAUGCUAUGAUCACUUAUCUGCAAGAGUUGUACAGAGAGCAGAGCCACACCGCGUGCUUUGAAUUAUCCAAGCGAUUGUUCAAUAUGAAGAUGCAUGACGAGCAGUCAGCCCACGAUCAUUAUAUGACCAUGAUCAAGGACCUUGAAGAGCUUAAGAAGCUCAGGCUAAAUAUGCAGAGGGAGUUAAAAGUAGAUUUGAUCCUCCAAUCCUUGAUCAGUUCAUUUGGACAGUUUAUUGUGAACUACAAUAUAAACAAAUUGGACUGCAACUUAUCCAAGUUGGUCAAUAUGCUGAUCACUGCUGAGGGUAUCUUGAAAAGUUUAAGGGACUAUCCUAGAGAGCCUAAAAAAAGAGGUGAAAUGCCUUGUGAAGGUUGUUAG